CCACUUGCCUCCCUCAACCUUUUCUCUUUGCUUUCGUUGCGUUUCCAUCCUAAAACAAAUAAGUAGGAAUUUGGAAGACCUCUUUUCUCGUGCUAUCGCUUCUCUCCUCCCUCCCUCACCGUCAUCAUCUUCUCCUCUCCUCUAUAUGUGUGUCCGUCUUCCCCGUGUCUUGCCCUACUCUUCAAGCCAACCACCACUUCGGUAUUCCGAUAAUAACCCUGCAAUUUCAAACCAUGGACAUGGACGCUUCCGAUAGCUGGCUCGCCUUCUCUCAUUCCCAACAGCCCUACUUCCUCCAAGCCUUCUCCUCUUACCACCGUGGUGGAGUCGAGGGGGCGGACGAGGAAACCAACGCGGCGACGGAGCAGGUGGCUCUGGCGGGGAUGGGGCCGAAGUUGGAGGACUUCCUCGGGGGCCCGCUCGGGAGGUACUCCGGCGGUGACGACGCCCCCGGCGCUGAGGGUGUCUAUGACUCCGACCUGAAGACUAUCGCGGCCGGGUUCCUGCGCGGCCACCCGGCGGAGCAGCAGGAGCUCCAGGCAGCGAAGGAGGCUGCGCCGCCGGCGGAGUCAAGGAAGGCGGCGGAGACCUUCGGCCAGCGGACCUCCAUCUACCGAGGCGUCACCAGGCACCGGUGGACGGGAAGGUACGAGGCGCAUCUGUGGGACAACAGCUGUCGCCGGGAAGGGCAAAGCCGCAAGGGCCGACAAGUCUAUUUAGGUGGGUAUGACAAGGAGGAGAAGGCCGCAAGGGCGUACGACCUGGCCGCGCUCAAAUACUGGGGUCCGACGACCACCACCAACUUCCCCAUCUCUAACUACGAGAAGGAGCUGGAGGAGAUGAAGAACAUGACUCGUCAAGAGUUCGUCGCGUCCCUCCGAAGGAAGAGCAGCGGGUUUUCUAGGGGUGCCUCCAUCUACAGAGGAGUCACCAGACACCAUCAGCAUGGCCGAUGGCAAGCAAGGAUCGGAAGAGUGGCCGGCAACAAGGACCUUUACCUUGGAACCUUUAGUACGCAGGAAGAGGCGGCGGAGGCCUACGAUAUAGCCGCCAUCAAGUUCAGGGGCCUCAAUGCGGUGACCAACUUCGACAUGAGCCGCUACGACGUCAACAGCAUCGUGAACAGUAAUCUCCCCAUCGGCGGGCUGUCGGCCGGGUCGUCAAAGGCGUCGGAGUCGUCGCCGUCAUCCUCCUCGGAUACCAUGAGCAUCGAUGUCAAGCAUCAGCUGCAUCGCUAUGACCCUUCGGCCUCCCUCGGGCCCGCCACCGUCGCCAUGAAGCAGGAUCGCGACUACUGGUCCCUGCUUGCUCUCCACCAUCACCAACAGCAGCAGCAAAGCAGCCAAGCCUCAGGCUUUAGUCUGUUCUCUUCUGGUUCCACCAUGGACUUUGCCACUGCUGCUUCGAAUAAGGUCAUGAGCCAAGAGACCGGUGGAGGUGGAGUGGCGUGGAACAAUGGGAUGUUAGAACAACAGCACGAACAAUCUCAGGGCAGCAGCUGCACCUCCAUCCCUUAUGCUACCUACGUUGCGUGUGGAGGGGGCUAUGGUUACGAGGGCGCCACCGCGAGUGGCUGGGUUGCACCGCCUUCUUCCUACUAUCAGCAGACUUCCAACCCGAAUGUGGCAGCCUUUCAGACAGCAAUCUUUGGGAUGGAAUGAUGGGAGGGUGUGAGACGACGUUCGCAGCUGCUGCUUAGGCGAUGGCUAGCAAAAAAGUGUGGGAGACAUAGUGAGCUGAUGUGAACUGACAUGCUUACACAAAGGAAGGAAUGAGAAUAGGGAGAGAGGGCUGACAGAAGAAGUCUAACAAGAGAUUCAAAGUUCUGUUCAUGGUCAUGCUCAAACCUCUUUUACUUUAUUUUUUUUUUGUUUUUCUUUUACUGACAUGAUUCUAUAUUGUCGUCGUCGUCAUCAUCAUCAUCAUCUGUGUAAUCGAAACAAGAAGCUUUUUGUAGCUUUAUCUUUUCCCUUCUUAUUUUCCAAGUUCGGCUGUUAUCUUCUUUUUUCUAUAUAUAUCUUUUUUGUAGAA